CUUUCUCGCGCGGAGACUGUUUCCGGCGAGCUGCAUUCGAUGUGACACUUUAUCCAAGGCUUUCAACGCGGGCUUUUUAUGCUUCCGUGUUUGAGGUUUCUCAGUUGGUUCUAUCCAGCAACGGAGUCCCGAAAUGCCAGUUAAAAGAUCGCUGAAACUGGAUGAUCAGUUUGAAGAAAAUUCAUUUAGUCCUUCAAAAAUCAUGAGGAAGAGAAGUAUUACAACUUAUUCUCCAACUACUGGAACUUGUCAAUUGAGCCCAUUUCCUUCUCCCACAACCCCCAAAGAACAAGAGCACAGAAACGGACCAUCAAAUGGAACAAGAAAACCGAGUAACUUGAGCUCACCUGUAAGACAGGAGUGCACAGUAAAAGGCAGUGAUGGAUUCAUGAUGUUGCUAUCUAAAAUUGAGAGAUCAUCAGAGAAAACCAUGGAGAUAAUGAAAAAUUUAACUAGUAUACAGGCUUUGGAGGGCAAUAGACAACUUGAAGAUCUCAUUGGUGUUUCCCUAGUACCGUGCUCCUUAAAAAGUGAAGCAAAGAAAACCAAAGAACUAAUGACAAAAGUAAUAAAACAAAAGCUGCUUGAGAAGAAAAAUUCAGGAAUUCCUCCCAAAGAACAUCAUCUUGACAGCUUUGAAUUUCUUAAAGCCAUUUUGAACUGAGUGUUACCUUCAAGUCUGACAACUGUGCCAACCUACCUGGAUACUAGUCAAGCCAUAAGAAUGCAGACCAGCCUGAAGUAGAGUCAGUGAAAGACUUUUACAUUUGCAACCCUCUUAAAAGACAGGUAGACAAUAUGUUGAUUAUUCUAAAUAGGAAACAAUAAAGGCAUCCACUGUGAACUGA